AUGACGGAGAAACACGCAACAGAAGUGCAAUAUGAAGACGUGGACGACUUGACAUGGGGACGAUAUGACUCGGGGACGAUUUGGUAUCAGCGGGGACGAUUUUUCCAGGGGACGACUUUGAUCGGGGACGAUUUGACCGGCACCCUCCAAGAUGGAGAAAAGGAGCGGAAUCCUCCGGCAUCCACUGCCACUAGCGCAAGUGCAACCGAGGGAAGAAGUCCAAACAGGGAGGGGAUGGCAAAUCCUCCGGCAUCCACUGCCACUAGCGCAAGCGCAACCGAGGGAAGAGGUCCAAACAGGGAGGGGAUGGCAAAUCAUCCGGCAUCCACUGCCACUAGCGCAAGCGCAACCGAGGGAAGAGGUCCAAACAGGGAGGGGAUGGCAGUGGCAGACAGGAUAAUUGAAGAGCAAAAAGUGAAACGUUUGUUUGAAGAUGCUCAGGCUAGGGAGAGGAGACGUGCUCGGUUGAAUGACUCUCCCACCAUUCAAGAAGGCCAAGGGUUUAUAAUCAAAAUUCGGACCUCUUCAGGCGAUUCCAGCGUCAGGCGAUUCCUGCCUUCAGACCCUUUUUGCUUCCUAGUAGACUUCAUUGGUGCUCACAGUGAGUCAACAGAGCAAUUCAGCAUCAAUGUUGCCACAACGACAAGGCACAUUUCUUCCAUGUCGCCCGGACAAACGCCUCUGGGGGACAUGGGAAUUUCCUCAAACAUUGUUUUGAAUGUUCUUUGGGACACCUAUGAAACGGUUGUGGACCUCAGUGAAACAGAGGAAUUUGAAUUCAAUCAUGUGCCUGCAGGCACACCAUCGACUAAGCGCCGUAGAGAGAACCACAGUGAUGAUACCUUACUUGGUCCGGGUGAAUUACCAGAGCUCUCGAAUGAUGUUCAAGCAUCAACAUUGGAUAGUGGUGAUGACUUCAUGCCAGGAGAGGUGCUGCUUGCAACAAGUGCAGCCUCUGCAGCAGGAUCACAUUCAUCACCACCACCACCACAGUUCAGUCCACCAUCACAAUCGAGCCAAAGUUCUCCUGUACGUUCAUUAAGUCCUCGGUCUCCUACACCACCGCCAAGUCCUAGGCACCAGGUUCCUGCUGCUCCCAGCAAACGUGAUGAGAGUUCCUUGAAGGAACUAUUGACCUUGCUGCGGUCAUUGAUCAGCCCAGAUAACGGCACAAAUAACAUCAAUGUUGUCCGCAAUAAUGUGCUAGAUGGAGGUGGACGAGCUUUAAACCGCAAGAAGUUUAGAGAUGAUGGAAAGGUUUCCGUCAAAUUCAUGGACAACGCAGGGAUCUCGGAGGGAGCCCUGGACACCGGUGGCCCAAAACGGGAAUGGUUUACCCUUAUGUACCAGGCCCUCCAUAGGUCUAGCAUGUUUGCUGGGCCAGCAGGGGCAAAGAUGGUCGUACCCAGCCUUGCAGCGACUGGAAAGAACCUUUACAAAGUGUGUGGGCAGACAAUAGCCCUGUCCCUCGCUCACGGAUGUAGUGGUCCCCACUUCUUUUCUGACUUGUUAUAUGACAUGGUAACCUUGGGAUAUGAGGGAGCAAAACCAACUAUUGACAAUGUGUAUCCAGAGGAAAUCAGAGCAUUAAUUGAAAAGAUCCAUGAUGCUUCUGAUUUAAAUGAACUGCGUGAAGCUCUUAUGAGUGAUGUUGCAGCCUCAUUUCUUGAAAUAUCUGGCAACUUCAUCCACGUGAAAAGGCUGUCAGAUAAAACUAAGAUAACAGAGUCUGCAAUCAGAUUCCAAGUGAUUGACAGGGCAAGAUCCUGCGUUGACAGCCUCUGCUCUGGACUUGAAACUCUGGGUCUCCUCCCCAUGAUAAGGGCAAAUAGGGAAAAAUUCAGGCCUUUGUUUUGCCAUUCCCCAACUCCAUUGACUGCUGAAACCAUGACAAGUCUCUUCUCCCUCACAGUCACCGCUGAUAAAAAGAGCAACGAGGGCCAUAAACAGUCAGCAGCUGAGCUCGUAGAAUAA